AUGGCGCCGCGGCAGAUAGGGAAGAGGGGAAGAGGCUCUUCUGCGGCGACGCCAUCGGCUUCAUGGACAUCGCCGGCCGACGGCGGGCUGGCGCACUGGCUGGGCGUCUUCGAGGAGAUCUGCGGGGUGACGCUGGUGGCCGACGAGGAAUUCCCGGGUUGCGCUGCCGCGGCGGCAGGGUCAGUACCAAGCUCGCCGGAUUCGGUCGUCCGCCCCUUCUAUCCUGAUACUCGGCAGUCGGAUGAGGGGGUGGCGGCGCCGGCGGCGCAGAGGGAUCUGUCUGAUGUCGAGUUCUCCGGGGGGUCCUGCACCACGUUCAGCUCAGGCAGUGGUGAUGUGGCGUCCGGGCGCGCCCAUGGCGCGGCGCCGCCCGUCGCUUCUGGCGGCUCGAUUCAGUCCUUACCACACAGUGCCCAAGCAUCCGCAAACACCACCAUCCGAGUUGGCUGGAAGCGCAGGCCAAGAGGGCCGAAAGGCCCAGACGAGCGGGCGGUAGUGGUUGAUCGUGUGCCGGCACUCGAAUCUGGCAUACGAGGAUUCGCUGACAGGGGGACUGAGGUGGUUGUCAACUCGGCGCUUGGCACAAUUUUCGAUUCUCUGCCAGAGGCGUAUGAAUUCUACAAUCUUUAUUCAUGGGAGGUUGGCUUUGGUAUUCGUUACGGCAAGAGCAGGCAGAAUGUCAAUGGGACCAAGUGUAUGCAGGAGAUCAUAUGCGGCUGUGCUGUAAUCUAAUUUACUUGCUUUUGCC